AAUCAUCUCCUUCAGCAGUUUUUGCAAUAUUAUAAGUAUCAAUAGACAGACAAGCAGAUGCGUCCCACUACACUGUGGCCUCUCAGGAUAGCCUUCCAAAAAGCCUUUCAACUGACUCCUCGUCCAGCGAAACCUUCCCUGAGAUUCCCUGGCAGCGUAAGGCCAGCAAGUGCCAUCGGUGACGACAUGAAGCUAGAUACGCCAGAGUUCCGUGCCGUCUUCACGCCCGAGUUGAGACAACUGGCCGAGAUCUUCAGGCUAAACAACCACGAGUUGAGGAUUGCUGGCGGUGCAGUUAGGGAUCUACUCACGAGGAAGCAACCUGAGGAUAUCGACUUUGCCACCACGGCCACGCCCUGCGAGAUGAAGGAGAUGUUUGAGCGGGAAGGCAUCCGGAUGCUGAACACCAAGGGAGAGAAACAUGGGACCAUCACGGCCAGACUCAACGACCGAGAGAACUUUGAAGUGACCACGCUCAGAGUGGACAGGGUGACAGACGGACGGCACGCUGAGGUGGAAUUCACCAAGGACUGGAGGACAGAUGCUGAACGGCGAGAUCUAACCAUCAACUCUAUGUUCCUGGGUCUGGAUGGUACAUUGGUUGAUUUCUUCAAUGGCAAGGCGGAUCUGGAGCAGCACAGAGUGGCAUUUGUGGGAGAUCCAACGGCAAGGAUCAGAGAAGAUUAUCUUCGCAUCCUGAGAUACUUCAGAUUUUACGGCCGCAUAGCAGAUGAGCCUAACCUGCACUGCGCUGAGACCUUGCAGGCCAUUCGGGAGAACGGCGACGGCCUGGCGGGCAUCUCUGGGGAGAGAAUCUGGUCUGAAGUGAAGAAGAUCCUGACGGGAAACCACGCAGCGAGUCUGAUAGAAUGCAUGCAUGAUCUGCAACUCACCCAAUACAUGGGCCUGACAGGAAUAACCAACAUCACCAAUUUCCGUCGGGUCUGGGAGCGGUCUCGAUCACUAGACCCCAAGCCAAUGACUCUCCUGUCGGCACUGCUGAGGUCCCAGAUGGAGGUCUUGGAACUCGAAGCUCGUCUCAAGAUAUCGGCCGAUGAGAGGAAAACGGCACUUUUCAUUGUCGCUGAGAGGGACGACAAGUACCAUCCAAGCAACCCACUGAAGCCGUAUCAAGACAUUGUAGUCUCGCUCCAAGGCAAAGAGAAGAACGUUCUCGCUUACACCCUGGAAGUCUUGAAGUACAGAGGAGAGAAAGACCUCUUGGACAGACUCGGCCAUUGGGAGAUACCAAAGUUCCCCGUCUCUGGGAAGGACCUCAUUGAGGCGGGGGUGCCGAAGGGGAAGGAAUUUGGGAAAUGCUUGGAGCGACUUAAAGAAAAAUGGAUGGAGAGUGACUUCUUAAUGAGCAGAGAGGACUUGCUGAAGACGCUUGCCCAUACACCGAAGAGCGAUAGGUGAUGCGGGAAGAAGUUGUAAUUGAAAGGACUUGCUACAGACAUGGCAAAGAUCUAUAAUCUGAACUGUUCAAAUUUGGUGCAGAUAUUCAUUUGUGAGGACAGAGUUUGGAGAACUAAUUUAACCCUCCUAUGCAAACAUACAUUCUGUGUCAAGUUGUCAUUUCAGUCAAAAUGAAACAAGUGACAGUUUUCAACAGUUAAGAAUUCACAGCCUACAUAAAGCAGGAUUGACUGGCUGGGACUGUUUAAGUAACUUGAUACAGCUAUGCUUUGACUCCGGGUGAGUGAUAAAACAGCUGUGACCACAACUUGCCUGCUUUGACCCAGUUUGACUAGUCACAGUGCUUGCUUGACAUAUGAUCUGACUGCUGGUGACUAGCCUUUGUUAAAAAGUAUAGACGCGGAAGUGAAUUUUGACUGUCUAUGACUGUUUAAAUAUCAGAAGUGUUAAAUAACAGAAUGUACAUGUAUCUGUACUCGGCACCAUGGGCUCCGCAAAUGUUUGUGUCAUAAAGCAAUUUUUUGCCUCCGACACCAAGAUUUCAAGAUGUAAAUUAAAAAACCAACAACUAAAUUAACAUCUCCCAGUGCAAAAAAAUAUCCAUUCUUCAAAAGUGAACUACUAGAAAGUGCAGUCUCUUUUGGCAAAUGUUUCAACAUUAAUUUAUAGAUGAAAAGUGUACUCUUUUUAUUUCAGUCAAAAAUUGUUUAACAAUUGACUUACAAUUAUUUUAAAUAUUCCAACAAUUUCACAAUCAAAACUGAAAUACUGGUAUUUGCAGAUGAGGAUUUUUGAAGGAGCGGACAGCCUUUAAUUGAAAACCAAAUGAAGGAGAAACUUUUGUCCCCACAAUGUUUCAGUUUGAUAUUGCAAACAGUAAUAUUGGUCAAGUUUUCCCGGCACCUUUUGUGAACGGGAGUGAUUUACAACACAGUUUCAAUCAAGUCUUUGCCUCAGAGAGGCUACUUUCUGACAACCUGUGAAUAUUGUUCUGCAGUUAAUCAUCUGUGCUGUAUUGUUUACGUAAGGUAAUGUGUAUAUUAUACAAAUACAAUAUGCAUUCUGCGGCCUUAGAAAAGCACAAAGCAUCACUGAUCACUUAAAUCUUGUUUAUAAAAAAAAUUAACAAAAAAGUAAUAAAUAAAUGCAUCAAACCCACAAAAACAAAUGGAAUGUUGGCUUUUUACCUAUGAUGCACAAUGCAUAUGCAGAUUUGUACAACUACAUGUAACCACAUAUAUUUUGUUAUUCCCUGGUAUUAUAACAUACAUCAUAGUCAUUUCUGUUCUCUGAUACAUUCGUAAUCACUUAAAGAGAAAUCCUGAGUUUAUUUUUCAAUUUUUUGAAGUCGUGAACGCCCUUGUCUGGAAUAAUUUAAGGCACUAGGUAUUUAAAGAACUGCACAAAAACUUAACUUCAUUUAAAUUUAAAAAAACCGAUAUUGUACAAUAACAAUCAAAUAUGUACACUUUUACAAACUGUCUAAUUAUAGAUCUUAAAGACACAAAUAGUUUCAUAUGCUUGGCAUGAGACUGACAAUGACGACAACACCCAUGAACAGUGUGAACAGCAUAAGUGGAGUCAGGAAACCAUACACUGGCCAUAUAGCAAUGUUGAGACUGCAAAAGUAAAGAAAGAAAAGAGUGUAACUUGCAUUUACAAUGAAAACCUCUGUCAAGUUGUGUGGCAUAUUUAUUUGUUUAGGCAAAUUAUCUUGGUUUUAGCUUGUUGUCAGUAAAUUGAAAGUGUAAAUUCCAGUUGUUUUUUACAACUCAGACAAACCCACUUUCCAAUUGUAUUAAUUCCAAGCACAGUGCUACAAUUGUGUGGUUAUUUGGAAAAUAAAGGGUUGCUAUUAAGUGACCAAUAUAGUUGAUAGCCAU